GCGCCUUCCUGCGCGCCGUAGCCGAACGCCACACGGUGCUGAAUGGCGUUGAGCGUCCAUUCAAUACAGUUUCACUCAAUUUCCAGCGUCACUUCCAGUUUUGAGUGCACCUGUGACCAUUCUUUGGGGAAGUCGCUACCCUUUCCAGCGAUACGGCGAUACUGCUUCGGUUCCUCGGCGAGCAAGCACGAUGUGCUGUCAACAAACGCUGUGGAUAGCGGUCCUGUUGACCCAGUUGAAGCAGACACUGAAGACGAAGGUCUUCCUUCCAGCGAGUCGUCAAAAACCCCCGGCUCGGGUUUGCUUUUGGGUUCAAUGGCGUUGCAAACAUCAGAGCGUCACUGAAGGAUGCACAUUCAGUGUUCUAUGGGCAAGACAGCUUGAAAAGCAGUGCAGUUUGCCAGUUCCCUGCCGCCACAUCGAGCGAAAGCGCCAGACUUAUAUCCUCUUGGAACUGUUCGUGUCACCAGGCAACUUGAGGUCACUUAUUAGCGAGGCGGACCUAUUUUUCAACCUCUGAGCUUGGCAUAUCUGCGAAAUCUAACUCGUGGCAACGUUGCUGCGGUGUGGAUGCUCAACAUCACCCAGCCGAUCGGCGAUUUGCUGCGUAUUGUCAUGGCACUUGACUGCAAUUUUUCCUGAUUUCAACUGUUUUUUGGCGACUUCCCCAACCUAUCCAGUCACACAAAAAUUCCCUGACAAUACCCGGCUUUUCAGGUGGAUAGGCAUCCUGAGAUUGUGGCAGGUUCUUGGGUUAUGGGUACUAUGUGCCGAUGGCUGAAAAUCCUGUUGCACAAAGUAUGUAAACUAACCGGACGAGGCUCUCAUACUUGGGUCUUUUGAGGACUACCAUAUCACAGUUGAGGGAAAUUUUGGCAAGAAGUAAUUUCUUAAUGUUCAUUAGUUGCUGUGGCUUGACACUUCCAGUAGAAGUAGUGUGUUUACAAAUAGCUGUGGAUCCAGAGAAUCAAAAAUCGAAUCCAGAAAAAAAUAAAAUCCAGAGAAUCAACAUUGGUUUUCGUUUCUGAGCUAAAUUUCUGCAUGAGAACAAACUCCUUCUCUUAAGAAGACCUGUAAAGUCUUGUGAAGCUUCCGUGUCAUGCUACAUAUUUGAAUGCUGUUUUACAGGUACCUACAACGAAUCCAAUGAGAAACUGGAUGCUGUCCAGUGCACACCGGACAUCAGUACAGAUGCAGAAGUUGGAAAGAGGAAGCAUUUUGUGCCACAGCACCUUGAAGAUAGCACAUGAGCAACCUACACCCUAACCUCGUGAUAAAAAUACUCCCAUAAUACAAUCCUACAGGAACAAUGCAGUUGUAGCAAUGUUGUGUGCAAUGUGCAGUUGUAGUUGUAGUGCAAUGUUGUUGUUAGGUGUACAGAUGAUCAUGAUAUUCUGAAGGAGCUGCAACACAUCAAGCUUCCCAAUGAUGUUCUACUCACAUCUCAUGUGUCGUAAUAGUUUUCUUUUUCCCUUUUGUGCAGCAAAUAAAUGGGAGCCCUUGUUAGAAGCAUACGACUCUGAUCCAGAUGAUGUCGGCAUGCCUUCUAUUCCUGGCAACUUUUCACAUUGCAAUGCAGCAAAAUUUCAACAUCGAGUGUGGAGACUUCUGCACGUCAUGCGGUUGACGCAGCAGCGACACGGUGAAGUGCUUCAGGAGAUCUGCAGCCAAAGUGUUAAGCAUCUUACGACACCUACACCACCAAAUUUUCUCAUCAAAGCAGCAUUUACGACAUCAGAGGCCCUAGAAGAAUUUGACCAAUCUUUGAAUGAAGAGCAACAAGCCCAGCUGGUUGACGAGUUGUCCCACCUUGGAGGGACGGACGUAGGACAAGCAACAAGAAGCAUUCUCUCCUAUCUACUCACAGGCCCUGCUGCGAGUGAAUAUAGCUGGCUCGGGCAAAAAGGAAAAAAGAAGUUCAGCACACUCAAGUUACCUUCCCUUAUUUUUCAGGCAGUCAGACGAAACAAAAAGCUAGCAACUGCAACAAAAGCAGAAGUGGAAACUGCUAUAAAAUCGUGGCUGCGCCAUGCAAAGGAGCGGUGCAAAUCAAAGGAAGCUGAGAGUGAAGGCUGAGUGAAUGUCCUUAAGAUCACUGUACUGUUUUGAGUGUUUCAUGCAAGUGAUGUCAGAGCCCACUCUAGUCACAUACUUGGAAGUGACAGUAUCCAUUUUUUUACUGCUCAGCUGCGUAGCAUAAUGGUACGCGGGCAUAUCUUUGCAAAGCAGUCUUACCUCAUGGGGAUUUAUGUCAGAGUCAGGUCACAUCACAUAGUUAAUUCUGACCUGCGAUUCUUGAACCUAGUAACUGAAACAAAAUGUGAAUGGGAGUAAAGCACUAAGCAGGUUCAUUUUCAGCUGCGCCUCAUCAUAAUCCUCCUCUUGAUCAUCAUCCUCCUCAUCAUCAUCAAAAUCAGGCGCAGCUGAAAAUGACAUUUCCUGUCAAAAGACACGUGUCUUUUGACACGGCUUUUCUGGAGUGCACCGAUGACUGAACCAAUACACAGUUUAGCAAUUUUUUAUGUACUCAGAUCUUUCUUAAGUGUAUGACGUAAAAAAAUCAUCAAACGACUUACCAUUCUCGAGACAAGUGCCUUAGACAAACUUUUCAGCUUUCUGUGAACCUCCCUCUAACUGCUUACUCAUUCAACCAAGGGGUGCAUCAACAAAAUGGGAUGUGCACCUCGAUGUUGACUGCUACUGCUGAGGUAACAACAUUCUGUGUGCUGCCACAAUGAAAAAUAAAUUUACUGGAACCGUGUUAGUCAUCAUUGUUGUGGGUGUCCGCUCCAUUUAGAGGUACCGUGGCACUAUAGAGAAUUUCAAAAAUGACUCAGAGGCUGCACAGAGGUAGGUCACCAGGGCAGAAAAAGAUAUAUCUGUGAUACUGAAUAUCUGAGGGUGUUGUGACCUGAUUCGAACACUGUCUACGCUCAGCGGGGCAUACACAAGCAUCUCAACUAUGUGUCAACCGGUCCGUAUAGACAUUGUCAUUGCUGCUGUCAUAUUCAUAGCACUGUCAUCUCAUUUCUUAGACAGUUUAAACCUGGAAAUUAUGGCCUACUUAUAAUGCAGCUUUUUAACGUAAGUUCACGCAAAUGCAGAUCAUUUCCUAUUUAUUGGUGCACUUAACUGACAUGCAUCCAGUAUUAAGAUAUUUUUAAUUUUCAGCUUGUAACAAUUUUGUUUCCACUAAUUCUGUGUCCAACUACAUUCGUUGUUCAUGGCAACUUCAAUCUCAGUUCCAAAAAUAUGUAGUUCAAUUUGUUUAUUAAAUGUUUGUUUGUUAAUGAAAUAAAGAUUGCUAGUUUGAGC